AGCAGAGCGUGAGCGAGCGAGCGCUGGGGAGAGGAUGCACAGGAGGAGAAAGGCAGCAGCGCUCGCAGCCGGCUCGGAGGCACAGCUGCUUCUGUGAAAUCCACCGCGCUCCUUCCCGUGCACUCAGCCUGCGAACAAAGGAACCCAGCGGCGGGGGGUGCAUCCGAGCCGGAGCCUUGCCCAGCAAGCUGCAUCUCGGCCCUGCCGAGCAGGGCUCUUCCCCCCGCCCCCUCUCAGCGCUGGGAAGGGAGGGAAGGCGGAUCGGGCUCAAGAUGGCUUUAGCCCGGCUCUCCGCCCUGCUUGCCUGCUGCUGCUGCUGGCUCCCGGCUGCCGCUGCCGGGCCCGCGGAGGCGGACGGGGACCCGUCCAAGGAGCUGGAGUGCAAGCUCAAGAGCAUCACGGUGUCGGCGCUGCCCUUCCUGCGGGAGAACGACCUGAGCAUCAUGCACAGCCCCUCGGCCUCGGAGCCCAAGCUGCUCUUCUCGGUGCGCAACGACUUCCCCGGGGAGAUGGUGGUGGUGGAUGAUCUGGAGAACACGGAGCUGCCCUACUUUGUGCUGGAGAUCUCGGGAAACACAGAAGACAUUCCGCUUGUGCGUUGGAGGCAGCAGUGGCUGGAGAAUGGCACGUUGCUCUUCCACAUCCACCACCAAGACGGCACCCCCAGCCUGCCUGGUGCUGACCCCACCGAAGAGCCCCAGACUGAGUCAGCGGAAGAGGAGCUAAGGAUACUCCACAUCUCCGUCAUGGGGGGCAUGAUUGCCCUGCUGCUCUCCAUCCUGUGCUUAGUGAUGAUCCUCUACACCCGCCGACGUUGGUGCAAGCGGCGCCGGGUGCCGCAGCCCCAGAAGAGUGCCAGCGCAGAGGCGGCCAACGAAAUCCACUACAUCCCCUCGGUCCUGAUUGGGGGUCACGGACGGGAGAGCCUGCGCAACGCCCGUGUGCAAGGCCACAACUCCAGCGGCACGCUGAGCAUCCGCGAGACCCCCAUCCUGGACGGCUAUGAGUACGACAUCACUGACCUGCGUCACCACCUGCAGCGCGAGUGCAUGAACGGCGGCGAGGACUUCGCCAGCCAGGUCACCAGGACGUUGGAUUCGCUGCAGGGCUGCAAUGAGAAGUCUGGCAUGGAUCUCACGCCAGUUUUUGCCUUAAAUUCUUCCUGCUCAGGAAGCGACAAUGCCAAGCUGUCCUUGAUGAACAAGUACAAGGAUAACAUCAUUGCUACCAGCCCCGUGGACUCCAACCACCAGCAAGCUACCCUGUUGUCUCACACCUCCAGUAGCCAGCGGAAGCGGAUCAAUAACAAAACACGAGCUGGCUCAGCAUUUCUGAACCCCGAAGGAGAUUCUGGGACAGAGGCUGACAACGACCCCCAGCUUACAUUUUAUACGGACCCAUCCCGGAGCAGGCGGCGCAGCAGAGUGGGCUCGCCGAGAAGUCCCGUCAACAAGACCACGCUGACCCUGAUCAGUGUCACCAGCUGCGUGAUCAGCCUGGUGUGCUCGUCCCACAUGAGCUGCCCGCUCAUCGUCAAGAUCACCCUGCACGUCCCGGAGCACCUCAUUGCUGACGGGAGCCGCUUUAUCCUGCUGGAGGGCAGUCAGCUGGAUGCUAGCGACUGGCUAAACCCUGCCCAGGUCAUCCUGUUCUCCCAACAGAACUCCAGCGGGCCCUGGGCACUGGACCUCUGUGCCCGACGACUUCUUGACCCAUGUGAACACCAGUGUGAUCCAGAAACCGGUGAGUGCCUUUGCUAUGAGGGUUACAUGAAAGACCCGGUGCACAAGCAUCUCUGCAUCCGGAACGAGUGGGGCACGAACCAGGGGCCGUGGCCAUAUACAAUAUUCCAGCGUGGAUUUGACUUGGUGCUGGGAGAGCAGCCUUCUGAUAAGAUCUUUAGGUUCACCUACACCCUAGGGGAAGGGAUGUGGCUGCCACUGAGUAAGAGCUUUGUGAUCCCGCCUGCUGAACUGGCCAUCAACCCCUCAGCCAAGUGCAAAACAGACAUGACAGUGAUGGAGGAUGCGGUGGAGGUCAGGGAAGAACUGAUGACUUCCUCCUCCUUUGAUAGCCUGGAGGUUCUCUUAGACUCCUUUGGACCGGUUCGAGACUGCUCCAAGGACAACGGGGGCUGCAGCAAGAACUUCCGCUGCAUCUCGGACCGCAAAUUGGACUCCUCUGGUUGUAUGUGCCCUGCAGGUCUCAGCCCUAUGAAGGAUGGCACCGGCUGCUAUGACCGCCACAUUGGGGUGGACUGUUCAGAUGGGUUCAAUGGUGGCUGCGAGCAGCUGUGUCUCCAGCAGAUGGUGCCUCUGCUGGAAGAUCCCUCUCUGUACAAUAUCCUCAUGUUCUGCGGGUGCAUUGAGGAUUACAAACUUGGAGCGGAUGGGCGGUCGUGUCAGCUGAUCUCAGAGUCCUGUCCAAAGGGAGGUGACUGCAGGGAGAGCCGGGAGCUGCCCAUGAAUCAGACUCUGUUUGGGGAAAUAUUCUACGGGUACAACAACCACUCCAGGGAGGUUGCAGCUGGACAAGUGCUGAAAGGGACCUUCAGGCAGAACAACUUCGCCCGGGGCUUGGAACAGCAGCUUCCAGAUGGCCUGGUGGUGGCCACUGUCCCGCUGGAGAACCAGUGCCAGGAGCAGAUCUCUGAGCCCACGCCCGACCCAGGCUUUCUGACUGGGAUGGUGAAUUUCAGUGAGGUGUCUGGAUACCCGUUGCUGCAGCACUGGAAGGUGCGCUCCGUCAUGUACCACGUCCGGCUCAACCAGCUGACCAUCUCCCAGUCUUUCAGCAAUGCCCUCCACUCUCUCGAUGGAGCCACUUCCCGAGGUGAUUUCGUGGCCUUGCUAGACCAGUUUGGCAACCACUACAUCCAGGAGGCAGUCUAUGGCUUUGAGGAAUCCUGCUCCAUCUGGUAUCCCAAUAAGCAAGUCCAGCGGCAGCUCUGGCUGGAGUACGAAGACAUAAGCAAAGGCAAUUCCCCCUCUGACGAGUCCGAGGAGCGAGAGCGGGACCCCAAGGUUCUCACCUUCCCCGAAUACAUCGCCAGCCUGUCUGAGUCGGGCACCAAGCGGAUGGCAGCUGGGGUCCGCAUGGAGUGCCAGAGUAGAGGCCACUGCCCCUCCUCAUGCCCACUUUGCCAUGUGACUUCAAGCCCAGACACGCCAGCCGAGCCAAUUCUGCUGGAGGUCACCAAAGCAGCACCCAUCUAUGAGCUGGUCACCAACAACCAAACCCAGAGGCUGUUGCAGGAGGCCACCAUGAGCACCCUGUGGUGUUCCGGAAGUGGGGAUGUCAUUGAAGACUGGUGUCGGUGCGACUCAAGUGCUUUUGGCACCGACGGGCUCCCGACCUGCGCACCCCUCCCACACCCGGUGCUGCGGCUCUCCACGGUGCACGAGCCCAGCAGUACCUUGGUGGUGUUGGAAUGGGAGCACUCAGAACCGCCAAUUGGAGUGCAGAUUGUCGAUUACCUCAUCCGUCAGGAGAAGAUCACCGACCGGAUGGAUCAUUCCAAAGUGGAGACUGAGACGGUGUUGAGUUUGGUGGAUGACAUCAUCUCUGGAGCCAAAUCCCCCUGUGCGAUGCCGGCACAAGUACCCGACAAGCUGUCCACCACCAUCUCCUUGAUCAUUCGCUGCCUGGAGCCUGACACCAUCUACACGUUCACGCUUUGGGGAGUUGAUAACACGGGGAGACGCUCCAGGUCAAGUGAUGUGACAGUCAAGACCCCAUGCCCAGUGGUAGAUGAUGUGAAGGCUCAAGAAAUAGCAGACAAGAUCUACAAUCUCUUCAAUGGCUACACCAGCGGCAAGGAGCAGCAGACAGCCUACAACACUCUGCUGGACCUGGGCUCACCCAGCCUGCACCGGGUCCUCUACCACUACAACCAGCACUACGAGAGCUUCGGGGAGUUCACCUGGCGGUGUGAAGAUGAAUUAGGACCCAGGAAGGCCGGCCUCAUUCUCUCCCAGCUUGGGGACCUCAGCGGCUGGUGCAACAGCCUCCUUCAGGAGCCCAAGAUCAGCCUCCAACGCAUGUCGCUCAGGUAUCUCGCCUGCCGCUACAGUGAGAUCAAGCCGUACGGACUUAACUGGUCGGAGCUGAGCCAGGACCUCAAGAAGACUUGUGAAGAGCAAGCGCUAAGCGUCCUCUAUAAUGACUAUGGAGACAAAGACAAUUGAGGGGCUGAGGAACCACUCUCAGGCCCCUAAGAGGCAAGCGGGAGAAAAGAGCAUUUGUGGGAGUUUUAUAAAUGGAUCUGCAGGAGGUCAGUGAAAUCUCCCAAGACAAAGCUUAAACCAGGGAGGGAAGCUACUGCUCUUUGCAGGACUUACCCAGUAUUAAACUCAAGACAGCCAAUAGCCUUUCUAGUUGGAGGUCUCAUGAGACCCAGUUUUUGUUUUGCUCAUUUUACCAAGAGGUUCCUUGGACUGUAGGUGAAGAUCUACUCUAGGAUGAAAGACACGCUUUUAAAGGUUCCAGCCUAUGACCCCCCCCCACAUUCCCCAUGCAGCGUGACCCUCAAAGAAAACAAAAUCAGAACAACAGAAGCCAGACAGGGAAUUAAUAAACCCAGCCUCUCAAUUAACAUCAGGUCUGGAAAAGCAGAAAGAGAGCAUCAGCGUCAGAUUUAGCUCUUCCCCAUAAGGAUCCAGCUCUGAGAUUAGAUCUGAUAACAGAAAAAUCACUGCAGUUGUAAAGCACAAGCUCUGGACUGCAGCAGCAAUAAUCUUCGAAGCAACACAGGGUAUGGAGGGCUUAUAGCACCCUCCCCCCACCCGCUUCAUUCCUUGCUCGUUCUCAGAGUCCCUGAUCUUGGCUCUGUGCUGGGAUCCUGCAGGGUCCUUCCACUUUGUAGUCAGCUCCAAAUGGCAUGUCAGGGUGGUCACUGAGGUUAACAGGGUAGUAGCAAUGUGUUUUUCACUGCACCGCAUGUGUGUCCUCCUUUGCCAAAGUAACAGCUGCUAAGCAGUAAUGAGUUUGGGCAGAGCUCUGGCUAAAAUGUAGAUGCUUGGGGAGCAUUUACCCUGGUACCAAACCUCAGCCCAUGGCACACUAUCAGCUUCGAAGGUGCCACCCAGUGUGACCAGUAGGAUUUGAGGAAGGGAGGAUGAAAGAAACCCUGGGAUUGUUUCCACUUUGCAGCAGGGGUUGUCUCCUUAUCUUCAGAUCCCUCUCCACUUAGCAGAGUAUGAAACUCCACCAGGAGUGUGGAAUGCACUGAGGGGCGGGCAGCUUCCCAGACACUUGGCUACCUACUGAAGAGAUGAUGCAGUCCAACCCUUGGGAGAUCCCCUCUAAAAGCCUCAUCUUGGGCUUAUUCUUUUAUAAAAGGUUAAGCAUUUGAAAAGUGACUUCAGUAGAGCAUCUGGGAUUAAUCUGGCUCUUUUAAGAGUGCUCCCUACCCCCAGAAUAGGGCUGCUCUUAGUUAGAUUGCUCUUUCUUGCCACAGCUCAUAAGCAUGUUCGUUGAGAGUACUGCAGCAUGAGGCAGCGGCACCGACUCUGUGGGUGCUCAGCACCUACCAGCCACAGCUGUUCCCUGCCCCUGCUUGGCAGCUC